AUGUGCAGAGGCGCCACGAGGGAGAACGGCUGCCUGAUGAUCUGCGACGAGAAGCUAGCCAAGAAAGCGUGGAUUGCGCUGGGGCAGCGCGUCGAUCUCGCUCCCGUCGACUACACCUUCGACAUCGAGGUGCAGGCCAUGAGCGGCGAGAAGCUGCCCUUCAUCGUGCGCGCCGUCGUCUUCACCGUCGCCCCCCGCACCGACGACGACGACGACAAGGGCCUCCGCUACGACGACAACCUCUCCCAGCACUUCAACGACGUCGUCAGGGGCGUCAUCGAGCGCGAGACCCGCGCACUGGUGGCGUCCAUGACCAUAGAGGAGAUCUUCCGGGCCACCACCAGCUCGUCCAUCAACCACCAGGCCGUCUUCGAGUUCCAGAACGUGCAGCUGGAGCUCAAGCACUUCGACCGCCUCAUCGUCUACGACGCCUGCGUCUACGUGAAGCCGCAGUCCGUGGACGUGUCGGGGAACGAGGACUUCUCCUACGUGGUGGCGGCGGAGGACGACGGCGAAGGGCACACGGAGAAGGUCGAAGAGGAGGUGCAGAGCAGCGCUGAGGGCGGCAGCAAUCAGGAGGGCCGACCAAGCAAGAUGGGUCAAAUCAUGGGGUGGGCCUGCCAAUCGCUGAAGCCGCAAAUCCUUCAGGUCGUGUAUGGCAAUGAUGAUACCACAGAUGGCCAGCUCAAACAGCAAAUAAAAUUUUUGUCCAAUUAUUCUCUGAAGGCGCUCUGGUUCGCCAUGUCCAUGUUCUACGCGUCCCUGGCCCAUCACUAUUCUACAUCAACAACAUUCAGCGUCGAAGACACACUGUUCCUGGUUGCUAUCAUCGUGGAUGCAGCGCUCAUCCUGCUGCUGUCAAAAUGGGGCAACCCCUUGGUCUGCAUCUCAUGGCUCCUCCUAGAGCUGGCGACCUGCCUUCUGAUUCUCUCGUUCAACAAACACUACGCCUUCGCCAUCCUCGCCGCGCUACUCCUGGCCAUCGUCGUCGCCCUCCUCCAGCCAAAGCUGCAGCACGUGGCCGAUAGGCACGUGUUGCCAUUCUUCACACAGGACAUGAUCGGAGACGAUGAGGAGAGUCCACACCUGGGCCAUCUGCUGGACCUGUCGCAGGGCAUCGCCAGUUUUGGCGGCCUCUUCACGGCGAUCGCCGGACGCUUCAUGGUAGGGCCUAUCAACGCGGUUGGUUUCUUCUUCUUCUGUGCGAUAGCUCUCGGGCUCUAUCUGUCCAUGGUGGUGACGGUGGGAGCUGUGACUCAACCCCACGCCAAGUGUCUGGCCAUUGUCGUCAUGGUCCUCGUCGUGCUCACGUUUAUCGCCGCCUGCAUCCCACUUGUUGGGCACUCGGGAAGCAAGCCACGGGUUGUCACGUAG